GUUGGAGUGUAGAGAUGCCGCCCUAAUGUCCUAGCAGUGGCUUGAUUUGUAGUGGUCUGCAUUGCUUGAAAGUUCUUGAUGCUGGUGCUAGAAGCUAUAAGAAUAUAGAUUGCAUGCUUUUUGGGCUUCACCAACUUGCAUUGCCAGCACAUGGCACCUUAUCGUGGACCAAGCAAAUAUGCCCAAGCAUCAAAGAUCCUCACUGUUGAUUGUGUUAAUGACCGUAGCGUAGGGUCGUGUGUUGCCUUGGUGAGUUCUGUCCAUCUAUGUCUCUGCUGCAAAGUGCACCUCCUUCCGCCUGCUCUGCUUAUGAGUUGCGGCAUGACUACAAUUAAGCCGGUGCGCCAUGGAUGGGAAUCGAGUGCCUUCAUUGCAGUGACCAUGUGCACGUUGCAAGUGAUCUCAGGUCGCUAUUAUUGGAAGUUGUUUCUGAGCCGAUUGAUGCAGUUGCAUGCGUGGCAGGCUGCCCCGCCAGUGAGUUUGCCCCCCCUUGGGUGGGCUCAGAGAAGCAGCCCCGGGGAGGAUGAGCAGCAGAGCGGAGGUCCAGCCUGGCGGACCCUCCAAGAAACCUAGCAACUCGUCGCCCCCGGUCGUGUACAUUAAUGGCUUGGAGGCUGCAAAGGUGCCCCGUGUGCAAGUGCUAAAAGUGCGCCGGAAGCCUGAGGGGGACCUGGCGGAGAAGAUCGAGGGGAAGGUCGAGGGGAGGAUCGUGCAAGUGGUGGCGCCAGGGCCGAGUGGGAAGGCAGGGGGCCAAAGAAAGGCAGCGGCCACUUCUGUUGACGGAGGGGAUAGGGCCCCCAGGGCAACCCUGAAGCAGAGCGCCAGUAGUGAGAGUGUCUCAUUGGAAGACAGGGCCGCUGACCGGGCAACGGCCAAGAGUGGCGCUCAAGUUGCCACCUCAGUUGCAGAAAAGACGGGGGAAUCGGAAUGUCGCGAUCCGAGCGGUCAACUCGCGGCUGCCAGCAGCACAGCAGCUACAAGCCCCGCGUCGGCGUUGGCGUCGGGGAGGGGCGGCUCAGAGGGGAAAGUGAAGGAGGUGGUUUCGCCCGCCAGGAGUCUGAGGAAAGGAGCAGAUGCAGUGCUGCAAGUGCGUCUUGAUGCAGUGCAAGGUCAUGACUCGGGUGCUGGGCUGGCAGUAGAGCACACAGCAUCCUUCAAAGAUGGACAGCAGCUGCGACCGGAAGACGAUGUUCAAGCGAGGGGCCCGCCAAGUCCUGAGAAGCAUCAUCCUGAGACGGCUCCGCAUGAGUCACGAAAGUCAACGGGCAAAGAUAAAGCUGCGGGCGAUGUGCCUGUCAGAGCGCAUGAGGCCCCGGCAGAGGUGCUUUCCAAUGGGGCUGCGGCUGCCUUGAGAAUAGAGGAGAGUCAGGGGGCGAGCACAGCGGGGGAUCGGGAGAGCCUGGCGGACGCGCAUCAGCGGAUUGAUGAGCUGCUGUCCAGGGUGUCACCCAAGAAGCCGGCGGAUACGCGGCGGCGGGCCAUUGUGAACUACGUUUGCAACCUCAUCAACAGUUGCUUCCCCGCCGCAGUGAGCACGUUUGGGAGUGUCCCGCUUAAGACAUACUUGCCGGACGGCGACAUUGACGUGGUGGCGUUUGCGUCAGGCCAGCCGUUCCGCAGCCAGUGGGCCAACGAGGUGCGCGCCGCCCUGGACCGCGAGGAGAAGAAGCAGCAGGCAGAGUUCCGCGUGCGUGAGGUGCAGUUCAUCCAGGCAGAGGUGAAGCUGAUCAAGUGCCUGAUUGAGAACAUUGUGGUGGACAUCUCGUUCAACCAGCUCUCUGGCAUCUGCACACUCUGCUUCCUGGAAGUUGUGGACCGUGAGAUUGCGCGGCAGCACCUUUUUAAGCGCAGUGUGAUCCUGGUCAAGGCGUGGUGCUACUACGAGAGCCGCAUCCUCGGCGCACACCAUGGCCUCAUCUCCACAUACGCCCUCGAGACACUUGUACUUUACACGUUCCAAGUGUUCCACGCCUCACUCAGCGGGCCUCUCGACGUCUUGUACAGAUUCCUGAGCUUCUUCAGCAGUUUCGACUGGGACAAGCACUGUCUCAGCUUGCGGGGCAUCAUCCCUCUCUCCUCGCUGCCGUCCCUUAAGGCGGAGGCCCCUGUUGCUGAGUUGGGUGGGUCCCUCCUCCUGAGCGAGGAGUUUCUGACGCGGUGUGUCGAGCGGUUUGCUGUGAUUCCGGAGGGGGAGGGCGCCGAGGCCGGGGGUCGCCCCUUUGUGGCCAAGGCCAUGAACAUCCAGGACCCACUGCUCUACUACAACAACCUCGGGCGCAGUGUCAGCAAAGGCAAUCUGAGCCGCAUCCGCACCGCCCUCAAGAAGGGCGCGGCUACGCUUGGGGGCAUUUUGGCAGGGCCUGCAGAGCGCCUUCUCCCAGACCUGGACCGCUUCUUUGCUAACACGUGGCGCCGCCACGCUACGGGCUUGCGACCAGACGUGGGAGAGCCCCGCCGUAGGGGGCACAAUCAGAGGGGACCUUCCAGCCCCCUGGCAGCACAGCAGGCUGCGUACGCCAAUGGGUACGUUGGCGGGUCGAUGUUUGGGGGUGGGGACGCGGAUGUUGCCGGGGGGCGGAACGAGAGAGGGGCGAUGUACCCGGAGGUAGGGGCGCCGUUCAGCAGUAGGGAGCUGGCGGAGGCGGCCAGGGCGGUGGCACGUGAGGUACAGGCGGGCGGCUCGGGGCGGCUCAUGGAGAACGGGAGCUCUCACGGGGGGGCGCGGGGGGAGAAAAUCGAAAAGGAGGGUAGCCGCGGUUUGCGAUAUCAGAAUGGGGGGGAAGAUACGGAACUUCCAGGAGAGCACGUGAGGGGGGGCGUCCGUCCGCAGGAUGUACCGAGGGCCGAAGUUGUCAGCGGGCGUGCCGCACUUGGGGUAGAAGCCGGCAUCCGAAGUGGGAGACUUGAAGAGCGGGGCAGUUCUCGCCAGCGGCAGGCACAAAGAGACCGAUCGCAAGAAUCAGGCAGCCGGCAUGCGGGUGGUAGCGCGCAAAGCACUCCGAGCAGCAGCCCCCGAGCGGGCGCGCCUUACCCUUCGGUUGCAGGCCCUAAUCAGCAUUUCGAGGCAGGUGCGUCGGGUGCGGUGGUGGACGGCGUGCCAUUGUCGUUCUUCGGCGGCCUCCCCAGGGUAUCCGGCACCGGCGCCUUCUUCCCUUCCCCCGACGCCCUCCGCGUGCCCAGUUCGCCCUCCGAGCCCGCCACCGGCCUGCCCUACUGGCUGCUGCAGGCAGCGAGUGCGCUAGGGGGUCCUCAUAUCGUGGAGGGGCUCCCCGUAGCUGCGGGCACCCCCCUGGAGCGAAGCCCUGCCGGUAGCGGCGGCGCGCAGCCAGGCUCCCUGCCGCGGCUGGUGGGGGACAUUCCUAUCCCUAUCGUCAACCUGGAGGGGCCGCCCAGCCCCCGGGUCGCAGUAACCCGCUCGGUUUCCAGGUCCCCCCCCUCUUCCCGCUUGCUCGAACUCCCCCGGGGGCUCUCGGAGGCCGGAACCCUCGUAACACUUUCCAGCAGCCCGGCGGAGGGGCUGCCGGGGGGCGUGCCUCUGCCGCCUCCCCUCCAGCUGCCAGAGCCAGCCAGCGGCAGCGGGGCAGAGGGGCACCAGGCAGCGAGGACAAGCGAGCGACGCAUACAAGCGGACCAGGCGGGAGUGCGACAUGGGGACGAGGGACGGGGGAACGGAGAAAGGGCACGAGGGUACGAAGGGGAACAGAGCAGAAGCGGAGCGGUUCCGGGCAGCGCGGGCGGAGGGUACCAGUGGGGGGAGCAAGAGGAGUUGCUGCUGCGGGCCGCAGAGGCAGGGGUGCCGGGGCUGGCGCUGCCAAGUGGGAUGCUGUCCUGGGGCCAGUUUGCCGACCCGCAUUUCCAUUUGCAGCAGCUACUAGCGAAUGGGUAUGGGGCCAGUAGCUCGGGCCUGCAGUAUGCAGCGCAGCAGUAUGGGGGUUAUGCGCCACAGGGGUCGUUCAGCCCGCGCAGUGGGCGGCAGGAGCAGAGGAGCUUUGGGCGCCAAGGGGGGGCCGGAGAGGGGCAGGGCCGAGAGGAGCGAGGAAGAAGCAGUGAGCGGGAUCAACAGGUGCGGGGAGAGCGGGCCGGCGAAGGAACUACGGGGUUGGGAGAGCAUCAGACAGAGGCGAUGUCGCCAAGCAGUCGGCGAAAGCACGAAGAGAGCGGCAGAGGGCCAUCACGGGAGCGGUCGGUGGAUAGGCGCACUGCUGUGAGCAGCCCGUGCGGGAGCGGAGCGCUUGCAAACGGGAUCGCAGCAGCGCAGGGUGGUGCAACGCUGGAACGGAAGGGGAGCAUGGAGCGGGGAAGCAAAGGGGGCUCAGUUCGGCAGGCGUGGGUGGCUAAGGGGGGAGAGGAGGGCCAGGCCGCUGUACGGGAUUCGAGCGCGAACGCAACAAGGGAAGGGCAGUCAGGAAGCACGCAUAAGAGCACGGAAGCGGCGAGUGAAGACAGGGCUGGAGUAUCGAAGCCACAAGUCGAGGAGAGGGCUUUGGCUGGCCCGGUCGAGAGCAAGGAGAGCCUGCUUGAAGGAGAGAGAAGCAGACGAGGGGGGGUGGCCGCAGCAGGGGCUGGCAACGGGCGGGGCGCAGGCCACCGGAGGCAGUACAGCGAGGGCAGCAUCGACUUCCAGGCCCGUCAGGCGGUCCCUGCCGCCGCAUUUGCAGAGAUGGGUACCGCUCCGGGGGCGGACCGCUCCCCUCGCGGCAUGGUCUCAGUGGGCUCCUUGCCUGACCAGCUGUUGUAUUGGCCGAAUGGCCCGAGCCUCGAAGCGGGCCUGCCGGGGCCGAUGCAUCUUCCCCCGGGUUCCAUGCCCAACUUCCCUUCUUAUUAUUUUCGCCGAGAGCAACGGCAGGAGGGAAGAGAGUUUACCCCGGGGGAGGCCAACGGAGAAGCGGCGCACGAGCAGGCCCGGCCGUCGAGACCCGAUGCGCGAGACGCUGGACGUGGUGAGGGCGAAGCUAGGCAAUGGAGCCAAGAGGAUGACUGGUUGCAACGGGCGCAGUCCCCUGCGGCUGGAGAAGCAGCGCACGCACGGCCGCGCCCUCAGCAAGGCUCGGUCAGUGCCCCGCCAGGGUACCCGCCCGCCUUUUACAUCCCCCACGUCGGCAUUCCGUAUGGACCGGCCUUUUCCUGGGAGGCUGCGGGAGGCCUCUCGUUGAACCCCAGCAUGAGUGGGCGGGGUGUGGGGACGGCCAGCGGCGCUGCGCAGCCCUCCCUUGGCGCAGCAACGGAGAGCCAGGACCCGAGCAGAAGUGCGGACGACGAGUCCGCCUCGGACGAGGACCUUCUGGAGGGGGACCUGGAGGCCCACCUGCGCAGCCUCGAGUUCGGGCGGCACUGCCAGCAGCAAGUCGACCGCGGCCAAAAAUGGCAGCCGCCGUUGCCCCCGCCGCAGGCACCGCCCGGCGCGCCACCUCAGGGGCAGUACGGGAACUCCUUCUCGGGUUCUGCCCCGCAGCAGAAGGGCCAGCCGCGCUCCAACAGCCACCCCGGCGCUCAUGCCCCCCACAUAUACGGCCCCACGCUUCGGUCCCCGCAAGGGGGCCCGACACCGCACUGGCAGCAGCCCCCCCAGCAGCAGCACAAGUUCAGCGGGAAGGGCCAGCGCAGCGGGGGAUCCCUCACCCUGCAGCGGCACGGAGAGGAGGCGUUCCGCCAGAUGCGGGGGGGCGAGGGGCGCAGCGCGGGGGUGUACUCGGACCCCGGGCGAUUGUACAUGCCGCAGGGACACGGCGUUGGGGUGCAUUUCCUGGAGGGCGAUGCGCGGCAGCCCGCUGACCUGUUUGCGCGGGGGGGCGUGGGCCCUGGCAUCCCACGCGUGCGCAGCGCUGACAGCUACUCCUCGGAGGGCCUGCACCUGGACCCGCGCGGCCCGUCCGCGCGCUACCUCGACGCGCGCAUGCAGUCCCCGCGCAUCGCUCGCGUGCCCAUCCGAGUGGGCGCUUCCGCUGACUUCCGCUUACACCAGUACUCUCCUAAAGACGGGCUUGACAUUCGGGAACAGGGCCGGGGGGGGCGUGAUGGCUCAGAGAGGCCAGACUGGCAAGUGGCCGGUGGGUACUUCCCGGGGACGAGCGUGUCGCCCCGCCUGGAGGCACCCAUGGCUGGUUUCAACCCGGCCCACUGGCUCGUGGGAGUCCGCCGAGGAGCUCCGUCUGAGGCCUUCGGCCAGGGAGCACCGAAAGGCUAUCCCACCCCCCCGCAGCAGCCGAGCACGGGCGCAACUGACGAGCGGCCGCGGAGUGUGCCAGGGGUCCCGGCAGGGGCCAUCCAGGAGGACACCUCGGCGACACCAAAGUUAAGAUCGAUCCGGGAGUCCGAGGAGAGGGAUCCCCUUCCGGGGCUCCUUGAAAAGGAGGCAGGCGCAGAAGGGGGGCAACGGAGAGGGGAGGGCUGGGAACGCCCCUCUCAGCCGCAGCGAGGGGCGGAUGUGCAGCCGGGUGGCAGGGACGUGGAAGAAGCUGGCCGGGAGCUGGAGCGGCAAGCGUCGGGCGGCAGCGCUGCGGGGCUGGAGCAGCAGGCGGGGGGCGGAAACGCAGCGGGGCCAGAGGAAGGCACGGAGGCGGAGGAGAGCAGCCAACAGUUCAGCGAGGAGGACUUCCCUCCAUUGUCAACCAAAGCGCAGCCUGGCGGCCGGAGUAAGCCGGGGUCAGCCAGCCCUCGGUCUGGGAAGAACUCCCCCAAGGGCGGAGGCGCAUAGGGGCGCAAAGGCGACUGGAAUAAGAGGAGGUGGUGCUGGAGGCAGCGGAUUGGCGCUGUCUAUGGUCUGAGCUCCGGUAUUUUUGGAAUGGGUUUUGCGGAGGGGUGGUGCCAGAUGGGCAGUCUUGAUGCCGUUGUGAAUUGCAGCAAGUCAGUGCAUGCCGACGCCAUUUGUAUCAUUAUCUUCACGCGGAAUAAGCAUGCACCGCUUGUGCAACCGUCGUCUU